GUAAAAACAAUAAAGAUAUCACGUUGGUCGUGGUCGUGGAAAGUGGUUGGGUGGGCGCAGAAGUGGGAGUAGGACCUAGGGGUGCGGCAGCUUUGCUUAGUCGAGGCCCGAACCGACGCCUCCUCGCUCGCACUCCCGGAUAGUCCGAGAACGGGACCGGGCGGCGGGCCCCAACAACCAACCGACCAACCGAGGCCGGUCAGAGUUUUGAGCGAGUUUCCGCAAUGCUGCGGCCCCGGAACGGACGGAUCUACCAACAAGGCCUAAAGCAGCUAACAUGGCUACCUAGCAUUCUUCGCCAUGGCGCUAGACGGCCGAGAAACUCGCAGACACGAAACGUCUGCACCCGGAUGGGAUGACAUCUCUCUCGCCCUCCGUGGUUUAUGAUUCUCACUAUUAAAACACUCUCAACCCCGAUCGAAGCAACACGCUUUCUCCAAAGCAAGGUUUGCGGUUUUCACGAUUCAAAUCAAGCCAAAUUCUACACGCUCCCAACUAGGACUACUCGUCUAGGCAACAGACAGCUGCUCAAGGAAACGCCAGCAUCCAGUCAAGCAUUCCCGAUGGCUACGAUCUCCCAUGGCUCUGGGGCCAGUCUAACGCCAGAGCAGUUAGCGAUGGACUUGGCCAGGACUGGGAUACCAAUCGACCGAAACAAGAGCGCCGUGGCGCCAGAUCAAUCCUCCAUCUUCCAUGUUGCAGAAAUGGCCUUACGCCGUAAACUACCACCGGAUGCUGUCACAUGGGUCCCAAAUCUCGACAUAGUAACUUCCUUCGAGAACUUCAAGGGUCUACAGGCCAGUCUACAAGUUAAAGACCGAAACAAAGCUAAUUUCAGUCUUGAGUUGUACCACACCUCCACACCCGAGGUGGCCCAGGCCUUGUUCCACCAUAAACUAUCUCUUGAUGGCCAACCAAAGUUUUGGCGCAGGCCGCCCGAGCUCAAAUUUGGCCAACUUCUGCUAGUUAAGGAAGCGAUACAGCAAAUCAUCAUGUGGUGCCACAAUGACAUCUUGAUAGUCAUCAACAGUAAACUCGAGGCUACGAGCGGAACACAGGCAGUCCUCUACAACUUUACAAACGCAAUGGAUGCCUACCUAUGGGGAUCAUAAUGAACCCUACACAGAGGGCUGUAUACGGGCAACUCGUCUCUAUCUGUUUGAUAAUAUAAUUAGAUUCGGACAGGAAAGGAGCAUGGGAAGUAAAACUGGAAGACGAUUCCCCGGGAGGGAGGGAAUGGAAAAUAAGAUUGGACGAGACUCGGAAGUUGUGCGAUAGGAUAUUGGUUAUCCCCACAAAACAUAUGACGCCAACGGCAGUCUUUCCACCUGUUCCAGCAAUGUCCUGGUGCUCGUAGGUCCCCAGAACAGAACCGCUUCGGUAGAGGAUCUUGUCACGUACAAGGCCGUGAAAAGGGGCUCGGAUUGGUACGAUUUUGUCGCAGUUAAU